AUGACUCCACACAAGUGGUCUAUCAUCAUUGUCAUCGUCAUCACCACCAUCUACAUCCUCCUCCUCCUCUUCAUCAGCACCAUCAUCGGUUAUCACCACCGUCACCAUCAAGGAGGCCCCAUCACAAGCUCCCCCGUCACUUUUAUUAAAAUGGUGCAGCCUCAGGAAGUUGACAGUGUUGAUCAGGGCCCUCUGGGGUCUUGCUUGCUUAACAGGGAAAUGAGUAGGAGGGGGACAGUCAUGAGAAGGGAACCGAAUACCUGCCAGGAUGCGUCAGCCACUGUUAGGUUGACUUUUGUGUGCAAAGAAGCUGGAUCUGAGAAGACUGAGAGCGUGUGGAAGCCACUGGGUUCAUCUGCUGAGGAGUUAACAGGUAAAUUCAACGACCCCUGCUCGGUGCUGUGA